AUGGCAACAACAUUUUCCGAUGUCCACCCCUCCAUCAUUCAGACCCACAUUUUACCACGUCUCGACGGUCUAUCUCUCUUCUCCACCGCAGCCGCAUCAUCAUACUUACAACACCUCUGCACCGAUGAAAAUCUCUGGUCUCAUAUUUGCAAAUCCACCUGGCCCUCAAUUGCCGACCCACGUCUCCAUGAUAUCAUCUCCACUUUCUCCGCCGGUCACCGCUCUUUUUUCCAAGACUCCUUCCCGGCCCUAGUCACCGACGUCAACCACCAGAACCAUCUUCAUGAUCUUAACUGUUCAUCUCAUCGUUCGCCAUCCCAACUCAUAUCAGCCGUCGACAUUCGUUACCAAAAUGACAUUAUUUACUCCAUAGCUGAAUUUACAGAGACAACAGAUGAGUUUUUAUCGUCUCCAUUGCGGAUUAAACUAAACCAUGACCUUGAAUCCAAACAUGCACCUGGAAUCUUGCGAUCCAUCAACCUGAAUGUUGACGAGUUUGCAGGUGCAGAUGAAGCAACAGUUUCACACCUGGAAGAAUCCCUGAGUUUAAACUGGAUCAUAAUCGACCCAACCCAAAAACGGGCAGGAAACAUAUCGAGUAUCAAACCGAUUGGUGUAAGGCAAGGCUGGAUGACUAACCAGACAUAUCUCGUAUACGCCAUUGUUUUACCGGGGUGUGAUCCAAAUAAGAUGGUACAAUGUAGAAUACAGGUGGUACUCGCUGUGGCUGCCGGAGGCGUGGGACUGCAUGUGAAAGAGGUGAUGCUAGAGCUAAUGGACUUGGAUUUUUGCCGCUUAAAGGGUAGGGACUUUUUGGUAAGUAUACAAGGAGCACUUUCGGAAGAAAAUAAUGUGAGGAGGAAAAUGGUUGAUGCUGAGGAGAGCCGACGUCGUUACCAAGUGUUCAAGAGGAUCUCCAUCAACUCUCAUUCCGACAUGCCAAGUAAAAUACAAAGUAAUGUACAGGAAUUGCAGAGUAAUAUCGGUACUCUAUGCCGUUGUCUCUUUACAAAGAUUGUUUCAUUUGUUGAAACUUGA